CGGGACCAUGGAUUGUUGGAUCAUGCUGAAAUACGGAGAGUCGGAUUAGGACUGGCUCGACUAGACAUAGCUGACAUUAAAGAUUUUGAGGUUAUUUUCUAUUACAUUGUAUCUUUAUAGUUAUCUAGCAUGGACAAUUACAAGACAUGGCAAAUUGGAUUUCCUAUAUGCAUAAAUGUAAUUAUGUCAAUUGGAGCAUACAUUUUAACAACCCGAUUAAUUCCGAGUUUGAACAAUAUGUUCAUCAAAGCUAGCCUGUAUGGAAAUGACAUGAACAAAAGAUCUACCAAGAAAGUGCCAGAAGCAUUAGGAGUUGUAAGCGGUUGCGUGUUCCUCAUCACAAUGUUUAUGUUUAUACCUAUUCCCUUCAGUGAUUACAUUUUCAAAAAUACUGAUUUUCCGCAUAACGAGUUUGUUGAUCUGUUAGCGGCUCUUUUGUCAAUAUGUUGUAUGGUUUUGUUGGGUUUUGCUGAUGAUGUUUUAGAUUUACGUUGGAGGCAUAAAUUACUUUUACCUACUGUCGCUACUUUACCGCUUUUGAUGGUUUAUUACGUGAAUUUCAAUUCCACAUUAAUUAUUAUACCAAAACCAUUGAGGUUGUGGCUCGGAUUUUCUAAAGACUUGGGGAUUUUUUAUUACCUCUACAUGGGAAUGUUAGCAGUGUUUUGUACCAAUGCCAUCAACAUACUAGCUGGGAUAAACGGCUUAGAAGUCGGACAGAGUCUAAUAAUAUCUAUUAGUAUUUUGAUUUUUAAUGGUAUCGAAUUGACUGGAGAUUUGUGGAAAGCACAUAAAUUUUCCAUGUAUUUUCUAAUUCCCUAUACGUCAACUUCUAUGGCACUUCUAAAGUAUAACUGGUACCCAUCCCAAGUAUUUGUGGGGGAUACAUUUUGUUACUUGUCUGGAAUGACUUUUGCAGUUGUUGGAAUUAUAGGCCAUUUUAGUAAAACAACGUUGCUGUUCUUCAUUCCUCAAAUAUUAAAUUUUGUAUACAGUGUACCACAACUUUUUCAUCUUAUACCUUGCCCGAGACAUAGACUACCAAAAUACAAUAAGGAACAUGAUCAUUUAAGUCCCAGUGUUAUCAUCUUCAACAAAUCUGAUAUCAGUGUAUUAGACAUUUUUGUUUUAGCUAGGUUUAUAAUGCAGUUGUUGAGAUUUUUCUGUUUGGUGAAUUGGAAAGAGGACAACAACAAUUUAAUCACAUGUAAUAACUUGACUUUGAUCAACUUUGUGCUAAUCAUGUUUGGACCAAUGAAGGAAUGUAACCUAACAAAAAUUCUAAUGUUAUUCCAGAUUAUGUGGAGCGUAAUAGCAUUUGUGAUAAGAUAUCCACUUGCUUCCUUAUUUUACGACGUAUGAUUAAAUCAGAAAUUCGACCAGAACUUCAGAUUACCCCCACUCUUGGAACCAGGUUACCGUUUUCGAGAGGAUCUUCGUGGAAAAAACAGAUCGAACAAUUUGUAUUAUGAUAGUAAUAAAUGUAGUUAAAACCAA